AUGUACUCCAAAGCACUACCCAUCCUCAAGAUAUUAGGUGCCUCUCUCAUGGCCUGGAAGAUUAUAUGCGUUUUCGCCGGCACUGCAUAUCCCCUCAUGAUAGUCUCAUCAGAAUCAAUAGAGCCAAGCCUCCACCGAGAAGAUCUCAUAUUCCUUGAUAUUCCAGUUAUAUGGUUCAAUACUCGUCCACUACCAAUAGUACACCGAGCGAUUCAGGUCAUUGAACAAGAAGUAAAAGGGGUUUCACAAUCAGAGCAACUCAUCUUGACUAAAGGUGAUAAUAAUACUGUCAACAAUACAGGGAUUUAUUCAGAAGGCCAGCACUUUGUCUACCGCGAGGAUAUAGUAGGCUUGAUAAGUCUGUGGCUCAAGAAAACACCAUUUAUCCUGUACAUAGUCACGGUUACGUUGAUUAUUGUUGGCGCGGCAUCAUAG